GACAAAGUCUUUGGCAAUAUAUAAGAAAAAAGUCCCACUACUAAUAACGCCAGAGAUUUCUUAGGAUUUCCGCUAGUCUCUGUGUCUCUCUCGUUCUCGUGAGUAUUUCACCGGCCGAGGCUGUCUUGGACUCUUUGUCUUACCUUCUCUGCUCGGAUAAGCUUUUUCGUGAGGUGUGAUAAAAUGGCGGAGGAGAAGUCUGUGAUUGCAAAAGAUGUUACUGAAUUGAUUGGUAAAACACCAAUGGUAUAUCUCAACCAUGUGGUAGAUGGUUGUGUCGCCCGAAUUGCUGCUAAGCUAGAGAUGAUGGAACCCUGCUCUAGUGUCAAAGACAGAAUUGGAUAUAGCAUGAUUACUGAUGCAGAGGAGAAGGGUCUCAUUACUCCGGGUGAGAGUGUCCUCAUUGAGCCUACCAGUGGAAACACUGGCAUAGGUUUGGCAUUCAUGGCCGCUGCCAAGGGUUACAAACUCAUAAUUACCAUGCCUGCUUCAAUGAGUCUUGAAAGAAGAAUAAUUCUUAAAGCUUUUGGAGCUGAAUUGGUUCUAACAGAUCCAGCCAGGGGCAUGAAAGGGGCUGUUCAGAAGGCAGAAGAGAUACUUGCAAAGACUCCCAAUGCUUAUGUGCUACAGCAAUUUGAAAACCCUGCAAACCCAAAGGUCCAUUAUGAGACCACUGGACCUGAGAUCUGGAAAGGCUCUGGUGGGAAGGUUGAUGCGCUUGUUUCUGGGAUAGGAACUGGAGGUACAAUAACAGGUGCAGGGAAGUAUCUCAAAGAGCAAAACCCUGACAUUAAGCUCUAUGGGAUUGAACCAGUUGAAAGUGCGGUACUAUCUGGAGGGAAACCGGGUCCACAUAAAAUCCAAGGAAUUGGUGCUGGCUUCAUCCCUGGAGUCUUGGAGGUCAAUAUACUUGAUGAAGUUAUUCAAAUAUCAAGUGAAGAAGCUAUUGAAACCGCUAAGCUUCUUGCAUUGAAAGAAGGUUUACUGGUAGGGAUAUCAUCUGGUGGUGCUGCUGCUGCUGCAAUUAAGAUAGCAAAGAGGCCAGAAAAUGCUGGGAAACUCAUUGUUGUGGUCUUCCCCAGCUUUGGAGAGCGUUAUCUGUCAUCUGUGCUGUUUGAAUCUGUGAAGCGGGAGGCAGAGAACAUGGUUUUUGAGCCCUGAGAUAUUCCCUAGCUUCAAAAGGGUUCACAACUUUUAUGCUAUUUGGGUCUGAAUUAGGAGGCAUAGAACAUGGUUUUCAAGUUGCAGUUUGGCGUUUUGGUUUGGAUGCUUUUGCUUCUUCGUGUCUGACCUGAAUAAUAAUGAUGUGAAUAAUGUCAAAGUUCUCUAUUGUUUGUAUUUUA